AAGUAAGACGAAAUCAUGUGCAAUCAAUGAUAACGCCGGAAUCGUUCGAAGAAAUUCUAGAAACUAUUCUAAUUGUUCGCAUCCGAAAAAUUUUAGGACAUAGCUAUUGUCCGUGAUUUAUGACUGUAUAAUACAUUUAUCAAACAAAGGUAAUAUUAUCACGUGCUGUUCUCAAUUGCAGAACGAAAACACCAAAGGAAUGGGAUUUCAGUUGUAGUUUUGGCGUUAUCAAUUAUCAUGGCUUGCUAUUCUUCUGCCUAUAUGCGGCGUGGGCAAAUGGAGAUGGGCUGGAUUUAGAGCAUGGAUCGAAUCCUGCGAGAGUUUGGGCAUUUUAUGUCGAAGAUGAGAGUGGAAGGAUGGUGUCAGUGCUGACCAACCCUUUGAAAAAUACCUUAAUAGAUUGCUAUGUCUCGGGAGACAGAUCCUUGAUCACCGCUGUCAUGCAGACCGUUCCGAAACCCAAUGUGACACUUGUGGAUAAGAAAACAAUGGACCAGCUGGUGGGGAUUUGCAGCUACGCCAAAAAGAACGGCCACCUUUACGAAGAGGAUGGGGAAGAUGUGUGGCAAAAAUUCGGAAUUUUCAGUGGUUUCUUCAUUUACCCAGGAACAAAAUGGUGCGGUGCGGGCAACAUCUCAGAAGGUUACGACGAUUUAGGUGAGGAGGUCGAGGCGGACAAAUGUUGCAGAGAUCACGACUACUGUGAUGAUAACAUUCCAGGGUAUGAAAGUAAACACGGAUUGGAUAAUAACUCCCCAUUCACCAAGUCACACUGCGAUUGUGAUGACAAGUUUUACAACUGCCUGAUGGAGGCUGAUACGAAGACAUCGCAUCGUGUAGGAAAAAUUUUCUUCAAUUACAUUCAGAUGGAGUGCUUUAGACAAGAUAAUCCAGUCACUGGGUGCAAGAGAUACAAAGGGUGGAUCCGACGCAGGUGCCAGGAAUAUGAAUAUGACAGAUCCAGCGAACCUAUCUGGCAGUUUUUCGAUGCGAAACAUUACAGUGUGGAAGAUUCAGACGAAGACAAUGAAAUCGAAGACGACUAUAAGGGCGAUGUUUUCGAAUACAUGUUGCAAAUGGUCCUCAAGGAUGAAAAAUCUACAUCUUUCAGAAACAAAAUGUCAUAAUAAAAAUGUA